GAACGAACCUCCCCGCCCCGCCCAUAUAAUCUAGCGAGCUGCGAGCGCCCUUGUACCGCUCGUCGAUACCUCUCGCCUCGCAUCGCAUCGCAUCGAACGUAUCGAAGCCGAGGAGAGCAGCCGAUCGACAUGGGUCUCAAGGAGGAGUUUGAGGAGCACGCGGAGAAGGCCAAGACGCUGCCCGACACCACCACCAACGAGAGCAAGCUCUGCCUCUACGGCCUCUACAAGCAGGCCACCGUCGGCCCCGUCAACACCGCCCGCCCCGGCGGCCUCUUUGAUAUGGCUGGCAAGGCCAAGUGGGAUGCUUGGAAGGCCGUCGAAGCCAAAUCCAAGGAGGAGGCCAUGGCUGACUACAUCACCAAGGUGAAGCAGCUGCUGGAGGAGGCUGCCGCCGCAUCUGCUUGAUCCCAGGCCACAAAACCGCAAUCGCUAUUGUUAUCCUGGUGGUGCAGCCAUAUGUGCCAGCAAACACAAAUAAGUUCCAAGUACUAGUUGUUGUCAAUCUUAUCGCCGUCGUGGGUGUAAUUACGUUGAACAAGCCCUGUGAUACAUGAAAGUGUAAUCUCAGUUUACACCAUGAUUGAUUAAUACUCCUACAUGUCUUCUGUUGUUAAGAUGUUUUUUCUUUUCUUUGGGGAAUCCCUGUUCCUGAUAAA